AGCGGGUGGAGCCAGGCUGGGAUCAGAGACAGAUUGUGCUCAAUGACCGGAGAAUCCUCCAGUUUUUAUUUCUCCAGCAUCAAAUCAACCCGCAUGUGUGACCCAGGAUCGGCCUGCUGCUGGACCGGAGCUGCAGACAUUUUCCCCAUCAGUCACAGAUGGAUGCUGCUCUGUCCUGAAGGAGGAGGAGGAGAAAAACAUCAGUGCAUUGUUGCUCAGCCUCCAGCCUGGAGAGGCGAUGACAGGCAGGAGAGACGCGAUCCUUUCUUUAUUCUAAGGACCGCAUCUCUGUCAGCGAUGCGAAACGCUUUGUGAUUUUCAUUUCGUCAUCCUGUCAAAUAAUUAUGAACAACGCGCAGGAUAUGUCGCCUGAUUUCGUGUUGAUGCGCCUGGUGUCCGCCGCCGAGGAUGGCCGCCUGGACUCAGAAAACGGGAACGUUCAGUCUGGGGGGACGGUGGCCGGGAAGGGGAAGGACGCGCUGGUUAACAGCGCCGUUAAACCGGCUUUGGACAUCAGCCGAGAGCCGGGCCUGCAGCGUCCCUGCAGCCUGCAGAACAAAGGCCAGAGCAGCGAGACCACGGCUGCAGCUGACAGCGGGGGGACGCAGGGCCCCAAGCAGACAACCCAGGGCUCCAUGGGGCCCCAGGGGUUUGACUUUGUCCCCAGCCCCGGCCUGCGCCCGCAGCUGCUUGUCUUCUCCAACAUUAUGCGGAGCGGAGAUCUGGACCGUCUCCCUGCGCCGAGGGACGCACUGGAACCGAGCCCAGCUGUCAACAACAACCGCCCUGCUGGAGAAGAGGGGCCCCGGGACCCGAUGGGUCAGACACCGUCAGCAGCGCAGCUUCCAGUCCCUUCAGCCGCGGAGGGUCCGGGAGCCGCAGAGCUGUGCCAUCGGUUCAUUACCACCCCCAACGCCUGGCCUCUGCUGGCGGACACCUCCGGACCUGAGAGCUGCAGGGAGCAGCAGGAGGCGGUGCUGGAGCUGGCCCGGCGGUUCGGGGAGCUGGGGGUGGGAGCGGUACCCAGGAUGCUGCUGAAAGGAGCGGAGCUGCCGCAGUGCUCCUGUCAGGGCGCCCAGGGUGCAGAACCCAGGGAUGACCCCACAGAGACCAGCGAUGCUCUGCUGGUCCUGGAGGGGCUGGGGGGUAGGGGCAUGGAGGAGGGCCCUGGGGAGGAGCUGGAUGCUGAUGAUGGACACAGGGAGUUUUUACUCCAAAGGAAAAGAGAAAUAAUCCAAAAGAUGUCUGGGGCUUUCUCCAUCAGCAGCUUCCAGGUGGAACUGAGGACACAGAUGGAGGAAAUGGGCCAGCCAGGAACCGCUGAUCCAGAAAGUUCCACUCAGGCAUUAACAAAGACAUCAACACCUGUCCAGAACUCCCCCUGGACCACUAGCCCAAACCCAAGCCAGUCCUCCACUCCCAGAAGGGCAAAGCGGUGCACAGGUGGCCCCAGGACCCCCACAUACCGAACCGCAGGCGGAGACAAGACAUUCAAGGUUCCAGGGAAGUCCAAGAAGAACUCUUUGAAGACCCGCCUGAGUAAACUGUUCCGGACUAAAAGCUGCAGCGGGUCGACUCACAUCCUGGACAAAAGGCCCUCAGUGUCUUAUUCAGUAUCCUCAGCUGUGAGUCUGGUGGACAUGGAAGGUGGUUCUGGAGCUGAACAGGAUGCUGACAGGUCUAAAUUCAGCCCCAUACCUUCACCAAAUAUAACAUCACACCAGUCUGUGUUUGGUUACUCUGGUGAAACUGUAUCCCUGGUGGAUGUGGAUAUUUCUCUACGAGGGACAAACACUCCACACCCCCCCACUCCUCCACGCCGAAGUCUCAGUCUAUUAGAUGACAUAUCAGGGCCUCAGCCUGGGCCCUUCCUUGUCAGUAUUGUGGGUGCCUCCCUGCAAUCCCUCCCUCUGUCUCACCCUCCUCCUCCUCCCCCCUCCCAAGCCACCAUCCAGCACAGUCUCAGCCUCAAUGAUGCCUUUUUCCGGGCCCUUCCUCAUUCGAAUUCAUCGUCGUUGGGUGCUGUCCCACCGGUCAGACAAGCCGCUCCUCCUGUGCUGUGUGCUCUGCGGCGAUCUGAAGCCAGCAACUUCACAGCCAGUCUGAGAGAGCUGGAAAAGUGCGGCUGGUACUGGGGUCCUAUGAACUGGGAAGAUGCGGAGGUGAAGCUGAAGGGCAAACUGGACGGAUCGUUUUUGGUCCGAGACAGUUCGGACCCCCGAUACAUCCUGAGUCUCAGCUUCAGAUCGCAGGGAGUCACACAUCACACUCGUAUGGAACAUUAUCGAGGGACAUUCAGCCUGUGGUGUCACCCGAAGUUUGAAGACCGCUGCCACUCUGUGGUGGAAUUCAUCGAGCGCGCUAUCAUGCACUCCAAGAAUGGCAAAUUCCUCUACUUCCUCCGCUCCAGAGUCCCAGGGCUUCCACCAACUCCUGUUCAGCUGCUCUAUCCUGUAUCUCGCUUCAGCAACGUCAAGUCAUUACAGCACCUCUGUCGCUUCUGCAUCCGGCAAAUAGUCCGUAUCGACCACAUUCAAGAGCUUCCACUGCCCAGAUCACUGAUCUCCUAUCUGAGUAAGUUUUAUUACUAUGAUCCUGAGGAGGAGAUGUAUCUGUCAAUCAAUAAUAUCCGGAGGGUGGUAAGAUCGGGGCAGGAGGCCAACCUGCAGACGUAGCAGCACACACCUCCUAACCUGAAGUCUCUUAUGUGGGACCCAUCUGUACUGGUCUGCAGGUCCUUCAUCAUCAGUCCAUGGAUGAAUCAAAAAGGGUCAGACUGAAAUGAACUCUGAACUGGAAGCAGCUCGCUGGUUUCUGGAGAAAAAAGAUCGGAAUGAAAAGUUGUUGCUGUUUCUAAUGGAGAGAACCUCCAUCAGGUCUAACGAAGAAACAAAAAGAUUUUCUUUAAAAAAAAAAUGUCGACAGACCCUAAAGGAGCCUCCUGAACCAGCUGGACUUUUUAAAAAAUGGUCAGUUUGUACAACCGUUGUUCUGAAGUAAAUCUUUGUUUUUCUUUCUAUUUUGUAAAAAUAAAAUGAAUUUUGGAUUUAGAUAUACCAGCAGGAUAGAAACAUACCUAGAGGCAAGGCAAAGCAGCCACCAGCACUGACACGAAAGACCUCAGACCUUUCCUUUUUGAGUUUGCUAAGACAAGCUCCUAUUUUCUGUGGAAGCAGAGAUUUUAUUUUGCUCGAAUCUCAAAAAGAGAUCUUAUAUCUAGGAAUAAAAAUACUAAAUCAGCCUCUUCUGCUGAUCGCCCUUUGGCGAACACCGUUUGAAUAUUUAUGAACCUAAAAGGUUUAUUAAAGUAUCUAUUUUCUUUAAUUGUUGAGAAUAAUUAGGUCUAGCAGAAUUGUUUUCUUUUGACCUGAAGCACUGCAGAAUCUUAAUAACAUUUGUAAAUGAAUGUAAUGGCAAGCAGGCAGCCAUUAUUCAAACUGUCCUUUGUAAUGAUCCAGUCUAAUGAUAAAUUUAACAUGCAGCUCAUGUAGAAACGAAACCAGAAGUUGUUCUGAGGUCAGCACUCUGAAGAUUGCUUUCUUUUAGUUUAUGAUUCGUAUGUCCCACCCAGAGCAGUUGCUGUAUCCAUGUUCCUGGAUGAUAACUGAUGUACCUCAAUCGCCCCCUGGUUUCGUACAGACAUGGACAAAGGUUUUGACUGUGACAAAGAUGUUAAGUAUUAUUGUGUUUUUGUUAACUAGCAACUACAUCAAACUUCCACACCUUUGAGGUGAAACUUUAAGGUGUCUAUCUCUUGCUCCUGAAUCAUUAAAAAAACUCUUGAAGGAUGGUUGGAUUCCACUCCCUUGGAUUAAAAAGUAUGGAAUAAAUUUUGUCCCAUUAUUUUUUAUGACACGUUUUGUAAAAAUGGAAAUACAAAAAAAAAUUCAGCUUGAAUAUUUUCAAAUGUAUCUAUCUAAAUGCAAUUUAACAGAUACAUAAAAUUUAAAUAGAUAUGCAAAUUUAAAAGUACCAAACGUCCAACAAACAGGACAUGACAAAUAACAGGAUAACAUAAGCCCUAUUUACACUACCCAUUUGAAACCGUGCUGAGAACAGUCUGAUUACAGUAACUGAGAUAACUGUUGAGUGUAAAUGGAACGCAACUGAACUGGACCGUGCCAGACAAAACCGAGCCGCACUAAACUGGUACUAAUGCAGACCGCGUCAUCUGCUAUUUACAGUUAGCUGACUCAUUUUGUGGGUUUUCCGCUUUGUCCGGCUUUGCAAUUCACACAUCUCUUCACCUGUUAACAAGACAGAGUUCUUCUCAGAAUAUUCACAAUGAAUGACAACAGAAGAGGGUGGUGCGACCAAGGCUCUCAAUUAAAUCUGGGCGGAGGACGCUAUCAAGGCACAGAAAUUCAUGAAUGUUACGGGCGCCGCCAUUUUUGUUUGCAUUAAUCCCGCCUAGUGUCGUGGGCCACCAAUAGGAGGCGAGGAAUUGUGUUAGCGUGAUGUGUUUAUGGUCGUAAGAACCAAGCUCGACCCUGUUAAUUGAUCCAAGCUCAGUUCGAACUCGGGAUGGAUCGGUUUCAGAGGGCCAGUGUAAAUGGGGCAAUAGACGGCCUUAAGGAAAU